AUGAGAUCAGUCGCGCUUAGUGGCUUCAUGUGUUUCCUUAUACCUGUGGUUGAUGUUACGUAACUUUCAUCCCCUUGCACGUUAACGAGGCGCUUCAGUACCCGUUUUUGCUGGACUCGCGUUCAGAAUAUUCACGUGCUUUGUGACGUGUUCCGGCAUACUCUGUCGUUUGUUGGAAUUUUUUGUGACCAGCCAAUCGGGGUGGUUUUUCGCUAGAACUUUGGUGGUUCUGUAGUGAGAGUUCUCAAGGAUAUUCGUCGGUGUGGAUAAAGAGUAACUCUUCGAUUGUCCCUGGAGAUGCUAUAUCUCAUCAGAACAAAUCUUUGAAGGAAUGACUGAUCUGGUGCCAUCAUGGCUACUGUCACUACCGGCUUACUAUCACCAAACUCGUAUGGACUGAAUCCAGAUCAGGUUGCGGCGAAGAUGGCCGCUCAAAACAGCACCGAGGAAGAAUUUGAUCACUAUGCCACCAGACAAUGUUUCGGAUCCCAACAGAAUUCUUCAGACUCUGAGGAUAAUUACACGGUCGCAAUAAAACAGGAAAGCCCUAAACGUAAUAAACGAAAAAACUUCAAACCCAGAUGUGCCUCCAACGCCCUCUACAACGAUUACCCCGAAAACGAUAAUGCGUUGAACCUCAGUGAGUACUCGGAGAACAAUAACAUCAUCAACUCAAGAAGGCGGAAGACUCAGAGCACCAGGAGGGUCGUGGUGGAUCCUAGGUUUUUUCCGAUUGAUCUUAGCCAGAAAAACGACAGCUCCGAUAGCGAAUCUUUCAAUGAGUCGAAUUCGGUGAAGAACGAAUUUGAGGACGACAAUCUCAGCUCGGAGAACGACUCGAAGAUUCCCUCUAGCUUCUCAAUACACAAUCUUUCGAAGCCGCAUGUACAAAAAUAUGAAAACCAGAAUCUUGGAGGCUUGGGAGAUGGCGCCCAAGGAUUUCCUUACCCUCAAAUAAGCGACAUGCGCGAAUUCGCUAUGAAUACCAUGCGUGAACUACUUGGAAUUUAUGGAUUAACAUCGGAUGUCACUGAGAGUAUAACUAAGCAGCUACCGAUCGCAGCUUUCAACAAUGGUAAACUCUUCGAGAACUUCAACUUCCACACGCCUUCAGCGGAGAGUAUUUCUCCUAACCAACCUCCAACACCACCCAGCACCCCUCUCUCCCCCAAAACGACGGACGUGUCCAAUAAAUAUACCUCAAAUUUUUCUAAUAUACCUAAUCUUACCAUAACAAGCUCUAGUCAAAACUCUUCCUCAAAAUCUCAACUUCAACUUGUGAAAAGAUUCAAAGCCCUCAAUGGAGAAAGUAAGGCUUUUCCCAAUUCUGAGAUGACAAAUUCUGGCAUGGAAAUGGGUGAAGAUAAGGGAGAAAAAACAACGCAAAUAAACUCUAGGGGCAUGUUCUCUGGAUAUACCUCAUCUUUUCCAUAUGGACAAAUUAAGACUGAGAACUCUAGUUCACCACCUUUGGAACAAAGUCCAUUGAAUGCUAUGAUUGCUCAAUCUCUUUCUGCUACACCUCUAAGAGAUACUGUGCCCUCUUCAACUAUGUUAAUGAACAAAACACCAAAUCAAUUAGACUAUUCCAAAUACGUAAAAAAAUUCUCAUCGGCGCAUGAAUGCGGUAGCUCAUAUUGUAAGGACCUUAAUUAUAGAGAGCAUUUCCACUGUUUGGACUGUAACUCUCGAGUUUUCAUCAAGAAGGAAGAAAUGAUCCGGCACUUCAAGUGGCACAAAAAACGAGACGAUUCCCUACAGCACGGUUUCAUGAGGUACAGUCCUCUGGACGACUGCAGCGAAAGGUUUGCCAACUGCACACACAACAAGAAGCAAACCCAUUACCACUGCAUCAAAGAAGGUUGUGAUAAAGUCUACAUUUCAACCUCUGAUGUUCAAAUGCACGCGAAUUAUCAUAGAAAAGAUUCUGCAAUCAUCCAAGAAGGUUUCCAGAGGUACAGAGCCACUGAGGAAUGCGGCGCUUCUUAUUGUGCCUUCUUUGGUCAGAGGACAACCCAUUUUCACUGUAGGAGAUCUGGAUGCAGGUUCACCUUCAAGAACAAGUCGGAUAUGGAAAAACACAAGAGCUACCAUAUUAAAGACGAACAACUCUCCAGAGACGGAUUCAAAAAAUUCAUGAAAAAUGAAGUAUGCCCUUUUGAAAACUGCAGAUUUUCAAGAGUCUGCAAUCAUAUUCACUGCAUAAGGCCCCAGUGCAGCUAUGUCUUACACAGUUCCGGACAGUUGUUCUCACACAAACGCAAACAUGAAAGGAAAGACUCGGAAUUAGCCUACAGAAAGUACAAAUUGGCACAAAGUAUGAUGAAGACGAUGAGUGAGGGUAAUCUUUCCAACCCUUUCGGUAGGGAAUUUGACAAUGAGGCUCUCAACAUGUCACAACAACAGUUCGAAACUUUAAAUUUGAGCAGACAACACUUAGAAAGCAUAAAUCUGACUCAGGGCUCUCUGGAAACUUUCAAUAAUUCUAUCUAUACUCAAGAAGGUACUUCUAACAUAUCCAACUGCGGGAGUAUCAGCGAAGAAAACUCUCCAAUGAGUUACGAUGAUGAGAAUUCGGCCAUGGAUUUGUCAGCGUAUGACAAUUCCAACCACUACCAGCCAGAUGAUAGUGGAAAUACCAGUUCUGAAGACUUUUGGAGGAAAUAUAUCAAGUCUUAUGGGCCAAUGGAGAACUGUGAAAGUUCUUGUGAGUUCAAUGGUUCUAUGCACUAUCACUGUAUUACAGAUGGCUGCCAAAUGAUCUUGAAUUCAAAAGAGGGAGUCAGAGAACAUGGUAGGAACCACGAUCUCCAAGAUCAAAUAACAGAAAAUUUCUUUACUAUCAUUACUGCUAAAGACGGGGUUUGUGAGGAAUCUUGUAUAUACGGCGAUAAAGAAAAGCACUACCAUUGCAAUUGGGAAAACUGUAAGGAAGUUAUUCUUCCAUCAGAGAAACCAUUCAGACGUUUAGAACAUUAUAAAAUGCAUGAAUACUCGAAAAAGUUGUCACUUACUAAAGAUCCGUUAACCAUGACUCAUUUGGCAACAUCCAUUGAUGGAAUGUUUUGUAGAAAACGAGGAAGGCCACCGAAAAAUCGUGUAAUCGAAGUCUGGAGUGACUAUUCGUCUUCUGGAAACCAGAGUAUGAUGGAUUCUCCUCAAGCAAUUUUCACUAGUUUCAAAUUGCCAAAACCUUUCACAACUCCUUCUGGUAGCAAAGAGUUGGACCAAGUUGAUUCUAACGAUGAGUGGUCGAAUGAACAAAGCAACAGUAUCCAAGAACUAGGUCUUCAAGGCUUUGACAUCUUCAACGAGAAUACUAAGUGUCCAGAUCAUUUAUGCCCCUAUCUAGGUAGCACCCACUAUCAUUGCAACCAAAAUAGAUGCCUCUAUGUAACUGACAAGGAAGAUGUUCUCAUAAUGCAUAGUAAAGACUUUCAUGACAAUAUAGAAAUUCUUGAUAAUUUCGAAUUCUACGAUAGAAAUGUUGAUUGCCGUUUAUCUGACUGUGCUAGCAACAAGAUUAACCGCCAUUUUCAUUGCACAAGACCAAACUGCAAUUAUUCUUUUGUGCAAUAUUCAACAAUGGCUAUACAUAACCAAAAGCAUUUGGAAGAAACUCGAAAUAAACUAGAAGAAAUGAAAAUGAAGAGCGAAAACUUAAAUGAAGAUCACAAAAGUGAAGCUAGUGAUUCAGGAAUUCAAUAUAAAGCUAUGAAUUUGAGUUCUGGAGACAAAGUAUCAGUGGUGAAGGCUUCUGGGACUUUUUAUCCUCUUUCAACAUUGCCAACUGAACAAAAUAAAAAAACCAACGAUUUAAGUAAAAAUGUUGAUACAGAAACUACAUCUCGAGAAAAUAACAUUUUGUAUGGUCCUGAAAUCUGCUGCUCCAGACCAUUCUGCAAGCUAAAGAGAAAGUAUCAUUAUCAUUGCAAUGCAUGUAAUCAGGCCUUUUCCGAAAUAGAAAAAUUAGUUGUUCAUACUGCAAAACAUAGUACAGGAGCCCUUAAUAGCCAAAUCCAAGAAGACAACAACAACCAACAGACAUCUACCUCCUCAAAUAAUACUCCUGUUAAAACAGAAUCAAAAAUUAAUGUGGCUCCUCUUCAAUCUUUGCAAAACCCAAUAACAACCAAACAAGAAACAGAACAUCAAUACCUUCAGCCAACUUUUGAUCCAUACUUCUCAAAUUUUCCCCCAAAUUUGCAGUUUGCAUUACUUCAACAGCACCAGAAUGCAGCAUUCUUACCACAGUCCCUUUAUCAAAACCCUUCUCUACCUCAACUCAUGUUCCAACAUUCUCAGCUGAUGCAGUCGCCUCUUUUACCCUCUCCCAGCUCUUAUUCAGCAGAGAACUCGAUGAGUCCUUUAGCAGCAAUGGCUGCAAAUUUGAACAAGAGGUCACUGAGUCCUCAUGAGAUGUCUCAGGAGCAAAAAAAGGUCAGGAUUCAGAAUUCUAUGAGGAUAUUGAAGGAUGAACCAGUACCUGAAGGAUAUCUACGAUUUAGAUUCAAUGAGGAUUGUCACUACCAACAUUGCGGUUAUAGAGAACAUCAAACUCACUUUCAUUGUCAACGGCAAGACUGUGGAUACAGUUUUUGUGACAAAACUAGAUUUGUGCAGCAUACAGCUAGACAUGAGAGACUUGAUACUUUGAUGGGAGGUGAUUUUCAACAAUAUAGAGCCAAUGUGGCCUGUGGAAGACCAGAAUGUUCCUACACAAGUAGUUUAGGAUCCACUCAGAACAAAGCCUCUCAUUUUCACUGCUUGAAGUGCGACUUCGUUUGUACAGACACCAACAAGGUUGUAGCCCAUAGAAGACAACAUCAGAAAUUAGAUUCUAUCCAAGCAGCUGGCUUCGAAAAAUUCACACCCAGUCAGAACUGCAGGGUGAUAAACUGUCAACAUAGCGGUAAACAAACACAUUAUCAUUGUCUUCAGUGUCAAUAUGCAGUCCUUGGACUUGCUCAAAUGUCUGCUCAUAAAUACAGACAUUUAGAAAAUUGAAACAGUGACAUCUGAUAUUUAAUUUUUUGAGUAUAUAGUGACGAUUCAAUUCCAAUUGUCUGUCAUAUAUUAAAAUUCAAAGUCUCGCCUAUCUAUUCAGAAAGAUGACAUAUGGAUCAAUCUCUAAAUAACAUAAAUGAAUUAGAACAUAUCGAUUGAAAUCUUCCUAUUUGUCCCAGUCUUCCAAUUCAAUUGCUAUUAAGAUUUGUUCAUGAAAACAAAUCACCCACCUUACCGAAUAUUUGAGCGAAUAGUGAUAAAAUUAGCAACAUGUUUACAAAAUUAAGAGAUCUUUUGUUUAUUAACACUAAGAUAUAUUAAUUAUCCUUGAGAUUACCCAAAUAGUUUAUAACAAUAUAGAUUAUAAAGAAAAAACAUUGUUGUGAAUUCCAAAUGACAUGAAAGAAAUUCCAUUUUAAUAUCAAUGUAAAUAUUGUACAUUCGUAGUUUUGUAAUAUUUCCUAAUUUUUAUGUAAAAUAUUUUCUGUAAAUAGUUGAAAGAGCACCUCAUUAAUUAGUUUAAUAGAGGUUAUGCAUUGGACAUGUUCAUAAAGUAUCCCAAAUAUCAGGGUAGUAACCCAACUUAUUUAUUUUUGUUUUUAUUUAUUUCACAAUGGAAAUUUGUAAACUUAAUUUGCAGUUAAAUUUUUUCUAGAAAUAUUGAAAGAUAUAAUCUAUUAUUGUUAGAGGAAUGUCAGAAUCUAUUUUUGCUAAAAAAUACCAUUUAUUUCCACAUAAAAAUUUCAUACAACACAUCAACUGGAUGGAUUAACUUGAUGUUAAUGGAAAUUUAUUUGAAAUGAACAAAUUAUUUUUUUUGUGGGAAUUUAUGGGUGGAUUUUUCAGUAGGGAUCAAAUUAAAACAGAAAAAGACAAGAGUAGUAUUAGAAAAUAGAAUUCUUAGAUAGAGGCCUUUUGGAAUAGCUUAGUGCCUUAGAUAAAAGACGGAUAAUAUUUACUGUGCCUUUUUGGCAAAUUUUUUGAGAUAGAAAUUUUAUGGUCGUAACUCUGAGCCUUCUAGAUCUUAAACAAUUAUUGUUUAAUUAACUGAGAAUAUUGAAAUGGUUUGAAAUCAAUAGUUCAAAAAGAAAUAUAAUAACUCUUUCCAAAAUUAAUUUACCUAUUCAAUGAUUCAUUGAAUAUAAAAUAAGGUAAAAAUACAAUAAAGAACGAAGAAAUAGAAUUAAUAAAUAAAAAUAUCAUUCCAUUAAGUGCCAUACUAUACAGAUCAAUGUAGAGUUAGCAUAGAAUAGACGAGAGGGUUAUCAUUCUGAAUUAACCAUUGAUAACCGAAUUCUAACGUUUUAAAAUUUUUUGAAUGCAGAUUGAUAGCCUUCUCAAACACUGUCAUAUCUUUUCAACUCUUCAAUUUAAUGGACUUUGAACAUUUUCUGAUAAGUUUCAACCAGAGAAUUGAAUUGCCAUGAAACAUCUUUCAUUUUCUUUUCCCCUGGUACCUAUUCAAAGCAUAUUGAGUUCAAUUAUCUAUUGUUUGGUUAUGUUCUUCUCAUUUUAAUUGUUUUCUUUUGUUCAUAGCUAGUCUUCUUUGUUUCAUAUCUCUCUUCUUUCAAAUUGUAUAAGUAUAUAUUCAGAAUUUUAAUUAUAUUUUAUUAAUUUCAGAAAAAUGUAUGUAUUGUUAGAAAGUAUGUGUGUUUACCUUAUUUUUGUGAUUGUAUGUGUUUUUUAUAAAAAAGUAUUUAUAUCUUUAA